GGAUUGACGAUAUUCAUACUACUUACCUUAGCUUCAGUACAAUGGGUACCAUUGAAUAGCAUAUUGUGUCUUAUUGCUUUGGCAACUCUCAGUGGCAGUAUAAUUUCACAAUUAGCCUAUUAUUUACCUUCAUUGCUAACAAUACCAAUGAAUUAUCAAUAUAUAUAUGAUCUUGUGAUGACAAUUUGUACUGCUAUAUGUGUCCCUCUUUCAACAUAUUCCUCUAUCUAUCAGAUAAAUGAUGACAACUCGUCAACAUUGUAUAUUAUUCAAGCGCUUCUUUACAUAUUUUUGGCGACAUCUUUUAUGUUUUGCGUAAUGAUUCAGUAUGACUUUUAUCCGUUUAAUAGAAGUACAACAAGUGAACCAUCAACAUUGACAGUAAGAUUGGAUGAACGUUAUCCAUUACUUCAAAAUUAUGCUGAUUACGGUAACAAUCAAGUAUUUUGA